UCUGAUGUGAUGUAAAGUAUUUGUAUUCAAUGGAGUACGGUAGACUGAACGUUUAUUAGAAGCAUCAUAGGAGACGUUGUUUCGAUUUAAGUACAAUAUUUAUGUGUCAAUAAUAUUACCAAAAGGCGCAUCGUACUUGACAGACUUCUAGCUAACCGAAGAAGCGCGUUUAUUGAGUAUGAGGCGCAAAAGCGAAAGAAAUAAAGCAAAAGGGACUCCGGAGAAGGAAGUCGAAAAACCUACUAGAAAGUCAACACGUAGACGUGCAAAGCGAACACAUUCAUCAUCACCGGAACCGGGAAAUGUUGAGGAGACUGUGAAAAGCGUCAGUAGCAAAGAAAUAGAAAAGAAGUCAACUUUGAUAAAACACCAAAGAAAAGAAUUGGAACAACCCAUAGAAGAACAUAACGAAAUAGUUUCAUCCACUGAAACAGAUCUGAAGACAAAAUUGGAAGAAAAUGAAGAGGACAAUGAUGGUGGAUCAGUUUGGGAAGUGACAAGAGCCGAUGCAUCGCCUGGCGAGAUACAGAAGCUGAAGUUAUGUAGACAACAUACCUUGUCAGAAGCGUCAUCUGAUAGUUCUUUGAGUAGGAAAAAAUCGAACAAGUGGCAGGAAAGUGGUGAGGGAGUUGCAGAGGAGGCUGACUCGGCAGAUGAGCAACUGGUUUCUUGUACAAGAACGCUCAGUAGCGCUGAACAGCCGAACGAUCCCUCCUCUUCAUGCCCAGGUCAGGACUCCAACGAAGAGGUAAGUGAUAGCAAGGAGAUCCUGCCCGAAACCACUUCAGCCAACUUGUCUGACGAUAAACCAAACAUAGAUCAGCAAGGUGAAUCAAAUGAGGCAAAUAUCCCCAACGAAAAUGCUGAUAGUGCACCCAUUAAGUCGAGUAGUACAACCAUAUCGGCUCCUAGUUCAAAUGGCGACCAUUCAUCUGUGGCAAUAAACAUACCAAAGAAAGAAACAACUGUGGAAGAUACCAGCGAAAAGUCAACAGAAGCAUUUAGUAAGGAAGCUAGCGUUGAAAAUGUUAUUCGCAAAGAUACGAGCAGCGAUGAGGAUGACGAUGGAAAAGGAAAAGAUCGUGAAGCGAACUCGUCGUCCGAGUCCAACGAUGAAGUUCGUAAUAAAAGUAAGAGAUCUAGUGGCAGAAUGUCAUGUGCCAGUCGCAGAAAGCAUCGAACCAAAUAUCGGGAUUCGUCUAAUUCUGAUACGCCAGAUUCAGAGGAUGAACCUCCUAUUAAAAGAGAAAUCGAAGUAGAUUCUUAUAUACAAGAAGAGAAAGCGAAUACAGAGGAUUCCCAUGAACAAAAAGAUAAUUUUGAGUCACCGAAAGUAAAAAGCAAUUCCCUACUAAAUAAUAUGGAAAUAGAUGUAGAACAUAGUGAAGAAAAUAAACCGAAAUUGGAUAACGUAAAUGAAAAAAAAUCGGAAUAUUCUGUAUCAACAGCAGCUCAUACGGUGACUCAUAAACCUGUGAAAGUAAACUUAAAAAGAUCAUUUUCUGCUAGAAUAGCAGCAGAAAAGAAUGAUGUUAAAAAAGAAGAAGUUGAUUCAAAUGCAAAUAGCGAGACUGCUGUUUUAAAUCAGGAAAAUCAUGAUAGUGCCGAACAAGAGUUAAAAUGUGCUCCAAGAAAACGUCGAUGGGGUACUGCAUUAUCUACUGACACCGCGCCUUCGUUUUCAAUUUCUACGGAUUCGCUUAAAGUAUUAGUACCAGGAGCGAGGCCGUUGUCGAUAAAUGAGGUUCGUCUCUCAAAAGAUGACGAUGAAGAUAGAGAUCGUUACAGAGCUGGUGAUAAAUGGUACAACUUAAAUGACGGAUUGAACGAUAAUAAAUCCGGCGAUGAAGCUCUUAUGCAAAAGAACGGUGCUGCAAAAAAAGGGGAUGGGAAGAUCGAUAAUCACAUAGCAGCGCGACGGAAGAUAUCGAUUGUGAAAGAAACACCGCACGUAAAAUCCCCUAGUCCACCAGCUACGAAGCCCACGAACAUCCUUUUGAUCAAAAACUUGGUUCGUCCUUUCACUCUGAAUCAAAUCAAAGAACUUCUUUCGCGUACUGGCACGAUCGUUGAAAAUGGAUUUUGGAUGGACAGAAUCAAGUCUAAAUGUUUUGUAGAGUACGCCAAUGAGGACCAGGCAUUCGAGACAAGACAGGCACUACACGGUAUAUCUUGGCCUGUUUCGAAUCCGAAAAGGCUCCAUGUUGAGUAUGCAACCAAAGAUGACAUGGAAUUAACGCGCGAAUUGUCAAAAGAUCAAUCCAUUCCAAGAAAAACGGGACCUCUUGUACCGUCAGAUACGUGGCAAGAUUGGAACCGGGAUGAAAGAACAAAUACAAAGGUGAUGGUAGUCCGAGAGUGGGAUUUAGGUAAAGAAGAUGGGCAGCAACACAUGAAGGACAAGGAACGUGAAAAGAAGGAUCAUGAUAAACAAAAAAGGCAAAGGAGUCGGAGUCCUACGGUGGAGGUACAUCUUCCAGCUCCAGCUCGCAAAUUUAAAAAGAAAGAGGACGAGCCACCACCGGCUAAGCUUUUAGACGAUCUCUUUAGAAAGACAAAGGCGACGCCAUGCAUAUACUGGUUACCACUCACAAAUGAGCAGAUUGUAGUGAAGGAAGAAAUGAGAAGGCAACACAUGGCGGAACACGCUCGCAGACUAGAAGAGAUGAGGCGCGCGGAGAGAAAUAAUAGGGACGGUCGUCGUCGUCGCAGUCCGAGAAAAUAAUUUUCUGAUUGUCCAUUAUUGAUAAACGUACCUUUCCCUCUCUAAUGCAAAAAUUCCGAUUUUUACCAUCUCCAUGUCAAGACAGUUCGAGAUCACAGAAGAAAAAGACAAGAUUCCCUUCUUUUUAGAGUCGACAAAACUUUCCAAACAUGUUCUCAAACGUUGAUUU